UAUAUUUCUAUAUGUAAAGGUGUGUUAAGAAAUGAUACUUGGAUGGCAGUGUGAUGGGGUUCUUGCUAAUUCUCAGAAGCACAUUAAUAAAUCUUGUUCCUUAUUUCAGAACAGCCAUCACAGCAACAACUGUUUUCCUUGAAUAAUUGCAUGGCCACACUACCUGCAACCAUCUGUAGCCCAUUUUCCAAUGAUUUCAAAACCUAUGUGGAUCAAGCUUGUAGAGCUGCAGAUGAGUUUGUCAACAUUUACUAUGAGACAAUGGACAAAAGAAGAAGGGCUUUAACCAGACUGUAUUUGGACAAAGCAACAUUAGUUUGGAAUGGAAAUGCAGUGUCUGGGCAAGAAGAACUAAAUAAGUUUUUUGAAAUGUUGCCAUCAAGUGAAUUCCAGGUUAAUGUGUUGGACUGCCAGCCUGUUCACGAGCAAGCUACUCAAGGCCAGACAACUGUCCUAGUGGUGACAAGUGGGACUGUCAAAUUUGAUGGGGAUAAGCAGCGCUACUUCAAUCAGAACUUCCUGCUGACGGCACAGGCCACCCCCACCAACACCGUGUGGAAGAUCGCCGGGGACUGCUUCCGCUUCCAGGACUGGGCCAGUUAGCAGGGCCUGGCAUGGGGAGUGACCUCUCAUUCUGCACCCCCAAGUCCACUGUGCAGGCAGCUGUUCCCACGCAGGGAAUGCACGCACUCUUUGUGUUGCAUUUCAUGGUAUGGAUGGUCUACAGAUGUUUCGGGGUUGAUUCCAGUGACCACAGCUUUAGUAAUAAAAUGUGAGAGGUUGCUCGUGUUAGUUGAAUUUAGUAAAGUUCUAAAGGCAGUGAGCUGUAUUUGAAUCAUUCGAAAAAUGCCUUACAUGCAGCUAUGCUGCCACUGCUGAGUGCUCAAACUGUUCUGUUUGAACACAAAAUCCUAUUCAUGUACAAUUCUGACCAAACAUAAUUUUUUUCAACUUGAAAAGAUCUGUUUUUACAGUAGCAUCUUCUCUCUUUUGAAGAAGAUGCUUGUGGCAUGAAGAUGUAAUUUUGAAAGCUCCCUACUCCCGGUUGUAAGAGGCUGGGAAGGAUUGCUAUAGCUUCUACUGUUAGUGAAAGGAGCAAAUACAGCUCCUAAGUUUGCAGUCUCUCAAUCCAUUAGAAAGGUAAUGUUUACCUUCUCUGAUGCCAAAGGACUUUAUAUGUGUUGGUUUCCUCUAGGUCUGAUCUUCCCAGACCUUGGUUGUUAAUUCCAUGGAUUCAUAUGUAGGGCAUGGUGAAUGAUUCAGAGCUCCUGUGCCAAUAACUCUACACAUGCAUGUGAAGGACUUCAAAACUGAUUAUUUUUCUUUUGAAGUCUUACCAUGGCCUAGAAAUGGGUCGCAUACAUGAAUUGAAAUUUCAGUUUUCUGUUGGCUUUAGUUCUGCAUUCUGUUGCUAUGAGGUUUGGAUUGUUUUUCCCGUAUUAAGUCUGCAAGUUGUGAAUCCUUUCUGUCUUUUCAGGAAACAUUAUAGUUAAAAAAUGGCACUGAAAGUGUGCAUUACUGUGAAGCCUUCAAUUUUUUCUCAUCAGUACUGUUAUUCAGAGCAGGUGUUUGCAUUAUUUUCAAUUGAGAACAGUAGCUCUGCACCGCUAACAGUAUCUUUCUCUCAUGCAGAUUUUUACUGUAUUUUUUAAUGUUCUUUUUAAACAUUGUCUUUAAUUAUUGAUUCUGGAGUUUUGUAUAUCUUGCUUUAAAUUUGUAGUUUAAAGCUUACAGCUGCUUUGAAACACUUUUUUCAAGACUGUAAGUUAAGAGUCCACCUUAACUUUGGAACUUAAAAACAAAUCUGGGUAUCAGCAACUUUGUUUCAAACUGGUGCAUUGAUGUUUUAAGCUGAGUAAAACAAAAAAAAGCAAACCCAAAGUGUAGCUGUAUAGCUGGAGCUGUAUCCCUGAGCAUACAUUUGCUUGUAACUGAAAACAUAGGAGGGGAGCUUGUAAGUUUUGUCAUAACCCGUGUUUCGAUGACAACAGCAGUCUGAAAGCAGUUACAACUGCAGCUCACUUGUUCAGUGACCUAAAUGGAGAAAACUGUGAAAAUGAACAAUAUCUCAUUUGCAUAAAAUAUCUUAAAGCAUCUGUAGUUUGUGAUGUCAUCCUACAAACAAUGGGAUGUUUAGCUGAAAUGAGUGGCUUUAUUUCGUUUUCAGACUCUCACGUCUUUUCACCUGUCUCUGUUCAGAGGCUGUCUAUGGACAAAAUUAUUGUGUGUACCUAUUUUUCAGGCUGAAGAAUUUGAAUUCCUGCAGAACAGUGCAAGAAAAGAAUUUUUGAAAACUGUAAAUAUUGUAAAUACAUUGUUAUUUCUGUAUGUAGUGAAGAAAGGAUCAUUCUAUUUAAUUACUGUUUGUUCUUAAGAGAAUAUGUGAUGUUCAUAUAUUUGUAUUUCCUCUACAUGAUUGAGAAGAAAACAUAACUUAAGCAUGUCUGUAACUGGUACAGCAUUGUUGAGCUGUGACACUGACGUGGUGUAUUCUACUAGCUGUUUGUUGUUUGUGUAAAUGGUGUUACAGAUCUGCUUUGCAUACACAAAACAGGUUUUGCCUUUUAAAAUGAAGCAAUGUGCAGCUGUGGCAUUGGCAUGUUGGACUUUGAAGGCAGUCACCAGAACACACACUUCUAUCAGUACCUGAUAAGUUUGUGCUGUGAAUAAAUACUUAUUGGAUAUUUUUAUCCAAGUUUGAAUUUGUAUAAUAAUUUUAAGCUUUUUCUAGGCAGACUUGGAUUCAAAAUAUAUGAGGCAAUGUUUCAGUCAAUCAGAUGUUAUCCUCAAUUAUUUUCAUGCUAUUUAAAUGCAAGCUGCUUUUAAAUCUGAGUUUUGCAAUUAAUAUUAAAAAAAAAAAAUCUGACCAAACAGAAAACCUUACCACUAUCUGGAAUAUGACUGAGGAAGAUAGCUAACUGGCCUAGCUGGACAAACCCAGUUAAAACUCUGAGUAAGAUCUGUAGAUGGCGUAGGACUUGGUGUGCAUACCCAGAGGUUUUGUAGGGAAAUUUACUGGAACGUGAUUGCUUUAGGCUAGGGAGAGGUGCCAGUUACUCCUGCCUAUUUCCAUCCUCUUCAGUGAGUAUUACUUGGGGUGUUUCAGUACUACCAUAAUUAGCUCUUGCUCUUAAUAACUGAAAAUGCUGGUUUGCAAAAUAUUUCUUUUUAUUUUACUAAGUGAGAAUGUAGCUAUUAGAGUCAAGUGGUGGUUUUACAAUGGAGUGACUAAUGGCAGAAACAAAAAAUCUCUGUUACUAGCUCUGUGCUUCUUGUUAAUAUUCUGUGCUGAAAUUAGCAGAAAACACAAAAAUUAUUUCAUUUCGUUCUGUACAAACCCAUACAGCUGGUUUAGUGUGACCAUUGCUGACUCUACAGCAAUAUCCAAAAUCUACAAUGGCCAUCUAUGUUUGUGCUCCAAACACUGGAGUUAAUGCUUCCAUUUUUUGUUCAAGACCAAAUUACUCCUGUGCAACCAGUCAGUGAAACAAAGCCAGCUGAAGAGCUAAGCACUUCCACAUAGAAAAUUGUAGCAACUGAAGACUUGAGAGAUCUUCUCUUUUGUAUAUGUUCUCUGUAUUGUCUAUUGCAGUCACUGCUUUCUGUUGCUGUGUUCUUUUAGCACACUACAGUUGAAUUGAUUUAAAAUGCCUAUGUUGGAGAAAAGGGAUUUGUUCUGAUGGUAUGAAUGGUUUGUUCUGAUAUGCCUGUGCUUCCUUCACCUGUCUAGAGAAAAGCACAUUAUAAAGAAAUGCUGUUUUAUCAGUAAAGUAACUUUCCACACUUGAAUGUAUUUUGUAAGUUUUUGAAAUUAAGACCUCUUGUAAGAAUAAUUUUGAAAAACUAAAUAGCCAAACAAAAAAAACAAGGGAAAAAAACACCACCAAAAAACCCCCAAACCUACCAGUUACUCUACCUUUUUUAUUGUUAUUACUAUUAGAAAUUUUCAUAGCUUGUUCUUAUUAUAUUAAAAGUGCAAGAAAUAAUUUGCAGCUUCCUUAUCUUUACUACUUGUGUUGUAGGUCUGAGUUCUUAGUGGUGCAGGGGCAGAACAGGCUGGCAGCUCUCUGUCAGGGUAAAAUGUGAAUAACCCGACAACAAAUGUCUUUCCAAAAGCACUCUCAAGCAGUAAGUGUUGAGCUGCCCAAAGUAACUAUUUCAAAUUAACAUAUCCCUUUAAAAUUUACUAAAGUUUAGACUGUUCUCCAACACAUACCUGGAUGAAGUCAAUCAAAAUUUGAGCCAGAUUCUUGGGUUGUAAAUAUUGUGCUUCUGCUGUUUCUCUAUGAAGAAAUGAAACACUGAAAUGAGAAAUGCUUUUUGUGAUAAUUCCAAUGAUUUAUUCACUAUUUUGCUGUUUAGAACAUUGAAUUACUGAUGUACACUUGCUCAGUGUAGACACCAGCUUUUAAAUGCUAGCACUGCAAAGAUGAAGAUGCUUAUGCAAGGUCAACAGUUGCAUGGAAACAGAUACUGUUUUAGAAAUGUGUUCUGGAAACCGUGCCAAAUAUAUUGGCAAGUUUUUGCUGUGUUUAAGGGUAGAUUUCAGUAAGGCUUUGCAGGCAGUUGCUCUUGGUAAGGAUCGUGAGCAAGGCUCUGACAGCUGAUGCAGUGUAAGAUUUAUGAGUGCUGGGAAAAAUAAAUCAGCCCAAACCAGAAGAUGUUUUUGCAGGUAUGUUGAAAGUGGAUCCAGAAAUUGCUCCUUUUGCAGAAUUGCCACUGGGCUGAAGAAAAGAAUAUUAAAUUGUUCCUAAAAAAGCAGGCUUCUCUUUUUUGUUCCUAGGACAUGGAGAGCUGGGCUUACUCCUUCAAAAGUCUGGGUUUAAUAAUAUGAAUAAAUCUAUCUUGUUACACUUUGUGAUUGGACUACAGACACUUAGUGGCCAUUUUGCCCUGCAUCAGUAAUACAUGUGCCUUAGAAUAUACUGUUGAUGGCAAAAUUGUGUUGAAUUGCAGUGGCUGAUUUUUGUCUUCUUGCAGCCUUAUUUCAGUUCCCAAACCCCUCUGGGUUUGCAUCUUUGUGGUUUUUCAAGAUUUCCAGCCACUACACAAUGUAUUGAACUUACUAAAACAAAAAGAAAUUAAUGCUGCUACUGGACUUAAUACUUAUAUGCUAAGGUCUGUAUGCCACAAUACGAAUUAUUCUUGAGUGUUUCAAGUACUUUGGUGUGUCUUAGUGCACAAUGAUGUCAUCUUCUUUGAACAGCUGGUUGCACUGUAACUGUAAGAGCAGGUGGAUUGAUGUAAAUCAGAAAUUACUACAGUUCACUGAGACCUUGUGAUCAGGUGUUGAAAGGCACUGAUAGAACAGGAGAGAAUUAGAUGUUUAGUUUUGUGGCAGGAGCUCUUGUGCUUUAUUUGUGAACUGUGUAAUGCAGGGCAAACUUUUUCACAUGGGCAGCCCAUGUUUUUUAGUUAGGCUCUGAAUACAGUGUGUUGCACAUUCUUUGCAACUUGAGUGAGUAAGAGAAAUGAAUUAUAAAGAUAGUGGAAAAUCUGGUGAAGAAAUCAGUGGUACUUGGGGGGACUGCCACAACCUUCCUUCACGUUUGUUUAUGGGAUGAAGCAGUGGAAAGCAGUAACUAGCUGAUAUUAAAUAAAAUGUGUUAAGCACA